AUGUUCGUCACAAAGCGUCGCUCUUCCGGUUUGGCCGUGCUGCUGCUGGUGGCCGCCUGCUGCCUUCCUGCCUUCGUCAUGCCUCCAUCGCAGAGCACGCCUCCGGCCAGGGACCAGAUGCUCCUGGCUGGCAGCGCGGGUUUGGUGGCGUCCCUUCCUGCUCCUGCUCAUGCUGGCGGCAUGUUUGACUUCGGGCUGACGCUUCCCUUCGUCGCCGGCAGCUUUCUGCUCCUGAUGGCCGUCCUCAACGCCCUGUUCUACGCACCUGUGGGUGAGGAGAUUGAGGAGCGCAACGCCAAGCUCCUACAGACGCUCUCUGAAGCCACUGACAUGCUGGCCGAGGCGGACGAGAUGCAGGUGCAGUACACUGCUGAGAUCAAGGAGGCCCGUGAAAAGGCGGCCAAGGAGUUGGCGGACGCCCGUGAGAAGACCGAGGCAGCGAUCGAAGCCCAGAUGAGCGCCAAGGCCGCCGAGCGUGAGAAGAAGGCCGCGGAUUUCAGGGCGAAGGUCCAGGAUUCCAUGAACAAGCAGAUCAAGGAGGCUGAGGGCAAGAUUGAGGAGCGAAAGACGACGUUUGUCAAGAACACACUGGCAGGCGUUGGGCUCUGA